GGCAGCAUCCUCCGGGCUUGCCGCUUCCCGCGGCUGCCUGGUCCCCCGCCCGGCUCGGAAGGGGCGCUGCCGUGUGGGGGCGAGCACGGGGGGCUCGCCGCUCCCCCGCUUUCCAGCGCCCAUCCGCAGCUGCUGCCGGCUCUGCCUCCUAACCCCCCCUUCCCCCCGCCAGCAUCCCUCUGGGUGUGUGUCUCUUCCCCAGCAGCGCCCCGGCCGCCCCCCCCCCGCAAGCCCAGCCGCUGGUCCCCGGGGAGUCAGAAAGUUUGUUCUUCUCUCUAGGGGGCAUUUUUCUUUUGGCAGCCGCGGGGACGGGCUGGUCCCUCCCAGGCAGUUGCUGGCACCGGGAGUGGGGACAGGGCAGCUGCUGCCACUCUCCCCCGGGCCACGCUCGUUCCUCUUCCUCCCACCCAACCUGUCUGGGCAUCCCCCCAUUCCCAUAACAUCCCGCACGCGUGGCGCUGACAGCGCGUAGGGCCCCUCCGGCCGCACGCCUCCUGCCCACCCACCCCGUAGGUCGGGCACCCGGGGCUCCCUCUUGCUGAUUGGCUGGAGGGGCAAACCCUCUCCAGCCAGGGGAGCCUGCACUGAGGACCAGCAUCACUUGGACCCUGGGUGAAGCCAUCCCUGGAAAGUCUCUCUCUGCAGUUUCCAGGACAGUUUGGUUGUAACUAAAGAGCAGCUGUACUAGAUCUUGGUCACUGAACUUGAAGCAAUCUUUGGAUACAUGCUUCUACAAACUUGGUGAAGAUACACUACAAACAGAGCUAGAGAUAAAACUAUUGAUGUGAUGCAGGUCAAAACCAUCUCAAUCUGUGAAGUUUUACCCAAGACGUUACUGAAUGCCUUCUUGGUGGCAAAUGCCCAGAAGCGGAGAUGCUAAUUCUCAUGAGUUUCAUCAGUCAUUUCAAAGGAGAGGUCACACAGAUAAGAAAAAUGAACAGUACGCAGAUUGGCCAUGAGAAUUUUUAAUCUUCCUUCAGAAGUACGCUAAUGGGUCUGCUGAUAAGCAAUCUGCUUUUGUAAAGCGCCUAAUGAACUGUGUGUGGACUCUGCAUUCAGUAACAGACAGAUUCUCCCAUCGCAAGAUGUUAUUACUACAGUAGUAGGAUACAUUCCUAUUUGAAGUCAGUCAGCAACAAAAGGAACCAGUUUAAACGAUGGCUGCAGCCGCUGAUGGUUUGGGAAGUACAACUAUAGAUACCACACAACUUAAUAUGUCAGUCACUGAUCCAACAGCUUGGGCUACCGCUAUGAAUAACCUCGGGAUGGUUCCAGUAGGAUUAGCUGGACAACAGCUUGUGACGGAUUCAAUCUGUGUACCAGGCUUUGAUCCAAGCCUCAGCAUGAUGACUGGAAUAACUCCAAUUAACCCGAUGAUACCAGGCAUGGGGUUAGUGCCGCCACCACCAACAGAUGUGCCUGUAGUCAAAGAAAUAAUUCACUGCAAAAGCUGUACACUCUUCCCUCCAAACCCAAAUCUUCCACCACCUUCCACGAGAGAGAGACCUCCUGGGUGUAAGACUGUGUUUGUUGGCGGUUUACCAGAAAAUGCUACUGAGGAAAUUAUUCAGGAAGUCUUUGAGCAGUGUGGAGAUAUUACAGCUAUUCGGAAAAGCAAGAAGAAUUUUUGUCACAUUCGUUUUGCAGAGGAGUUCAUGGUUGAUAAAGCCAUUUACCUUUCUGGUUACCGCAUGAGAUUAGGAUCUAGCACAGACAAAAAGGAUUCAGGUCGCCUUCAUGUUGAUUUUGCUCAGGCAAGAGAUGACUUUUAUGAAUGGGAAUGCAAACAAAGAAUGCUGGCCAGAGAAGAACGUCAUAGGCGCAAAAUGGAAGAAGACAGACUACGACCUCCCUCUCCUCCGGCAAUAAUGCAUUAUUCUGAACACGAAGCUACUUUGCUGGCUGAAAAAUUGAAAGAUGACAGCAAAUUUUCAGAGGCCAUCACAGUGCUGCUUACCUGGAUUGAGCGAGGCGAGGUGAAUCGUCGCUCCGCAAAUCAAUUCUAUUCAAUGGUGCAGUCAGCAAAUAGCCACGUUCGCCGACUUAUGAAUGAGAAAGCCACUCAUGAACAAGAAAUGGAACAAGCCAAGGAGAGUUUUAAAAAUGCCUUAACAGGGAUCCUCACUCAAUUUGAGCAGAUUGUGGCCGUUUUCAACGCUUCUACCAGACAAAAAGCUUGGGACCAUUUCUCGAAAGCUCAGCGAAAGAACAUAGACAUUUGGCGAAAGCAUUCUGAGGAGCUCCGGAAUGCUCACAGCGAACAGCUCAUGGGGAUCCGCCGUGAAGAGGAGAUGGAAAUGUCUGAUGAUGACAGCGGUGACAAUCCCAGUAAAAAGCUGAGAGUAGAUGAAUCAGCUCUAACAGCCCAAGCUUAUGCACUGAAGGAAGAGAAUGACAGCCUCCGAUGGCAGCUGGAUGCUUACAGAAAUGAGGUGGAGCUUCUUAAACAGGAGAAAGGACAACUCUUUCGGACCGAAGAAAGUCUCACAAAGGACCAACAGUUGAAAUUCCUGCAGCAGACAAUGCAAGGCAUGCAGCAGCAAUUGCUGAGUAUACAGGAAGAAUUAAAUAACAAAAAAUCCGAACUGGAGCAAGCAAAAGAAGAACAAACACAUACACAAGCCAGGCUUAAAGUUCUUCAGGAGCAGUUAAAAAGUGCCAAGGAGUUAGCAGAGAUCAACGGCCAUGACGAAUCUCAGGCAAAUGAAAUCAAUGUGUUGACAGUAGCAUUGGUCAACCAAGAGAGAGAAAAAAAUUCUGAGAAACGAAGCCAAGGUCUAAAAUCAGAGAAAGAGGCACUGUUAAUAGGUAUCAUAUCUACAUUUCUUCAUGUGCAUCCUUUCGGCGCCAAUAUAGAAUACCUUUGGUCUUACAUGCAGCAGCUGGACUCUAGGAUCUCUGCAAAUGAAAUAGAAAUGCUUUUGAUGAGAUUGCCACGCAUGUUUAAACAAGAGUUCACUGGUGUAGGAGCAACAUUGGAAAAGAGGUGGAAGUUUUGUGCCUUUGAAGGAAUUAAAACUACCUGACUGUGAAUAGUAAAGAAGUAUACAGAAGAAGAAUUCCUAAAGCAUGGCAGGGUUACCAAGUAUUAAAGUAUGAAAUUUGGUUUUGGCACACAGAAGUACGUUUUCAGAGUUAUCCAAGCCUAAUUUUAGUUACAUUUGUGACGUUCUCUUGUGAGUGGAAAUGUGGUUGUGCACCAGUUCCUAAAAAUAUAAAAUAUUUUAAAAUGUGACACAUCUGUUUCCUAUGAAAACUGAAGAAAGAUACCACAGUCAUAACGAUGUCAAGAUAUUAAUGUGCUACAUCUAAGAAUAGCUCACUGAGCAAAUGGAUAAGGGAAAAGAUUGCCUAGUUAUGGUUGCUAAGCUACAGCAAUGUAUAUGUAAUAUAUAGCAGAAAUCAUUACGUUAUGUUCCUGAAAGUCUUUCCGUUAAGUAAGUAAUUGUACAGUGAGAAAAAUUAUACCAAAAGAAAACUUGAAGAUGUGUCUGAGCAGUUAUUGUCUUUUGUAAAUUAAGUUAUAUGCUGUUCCAGGGAUUUUUGCCUUAUUGAAAGAGGCCUGAAAAUGUGAUUGGACUUCUCGAGAAUGCUUUAUCAAGAAUAUUAUUUUUCUAAUGUAACUAUUCUUCAUUAUAAGUUCCUUUAACAUGGAUUGCAUAUCAAUUUUCAUAAAUAUGUAAAUAAAAAGGAAACCAGUGUUACUGUAUUGUAUUUGGUAUGUAACAUUCAGGUUUAUGCAUCAAAAUAAAUAUUCAGUUCAUUACUGUUAAGGAUUUUAUAGCAAAUAUAUUAAUUUUUUUUCAAUAAAUAUGACUUCUACCAUA